UGCUCCGACCCGCGGGGCCUCGGCGGGGAGCGGGCCCGCCCCGUCCCGGUGCUCAUUACUCCUCCGCCGGGCUGCGUUUACAGCAACAAGCACUAAUAAACGGAAGCUAAAGACAGCUUCGAUCGUUCCCUUAAAAUAAAACCAAACGACACGGAGCGAGUGAGGGAAGCCCCGCUGUGCCCCCCUCUGCCGGCCCGCAGCCCGACCUGCGCCGUCCCCGCUCUGCUCCAGGCCGGGCCGAGGCGGCGCCGCCCCGCCGUGACCCCGCGGCCGAAUCACUUCCAGGGCGGCCCAGGCUCCCGAUUUGAAAAUGCGGGAGCGGCUGCUGGUGCUGCUGUGCGCUUUGGCGAGGCGGGCGGGAGGGAGGAGGAGGGCCAUGGCAGGGCGUUGGGACGGGCCGCAGCGGCGGGCGUGGAUCCGGCAUUAUUACAGCCAGAGGCAGAAACGGCUGAUGACGCUCCUGAUCGCUCGCCGGAGGAGAACCAGCUGCUACUUCUAUCCCCGCGCCUGGCCCAGCCUGCAGAGUGCAGACUGGUGGGAACGGGUGGUCCUGAAGGAAUUUGGCCCCCAGGACUGGUUGGAGAAGUUCCGCAUGUCCCGGGAGACCUUCUUCUACAUCUGCAACCGCCUGCGGCCGGGGCUGGCCCCGCACAGCUCCCACUUCCACCCCACGCUGCCCAUGGAGAAGCGGGUGGCUGUGGCCCUGUGGCACUUGGCCACCAACGUGGAGUACCAGACUCUCAGCCCGCUCUUCGGCGUCGGGCCUUCCACUGUGCAGACGUGCGUGCGGGAGGUGAGCUACGCCGUGGUCCUGCUGCUGAAACCCCUCUACCUCCGUCUGCCCGAUGAGAAGGAGCUGGAGAACAUGGUGCGCAUCUUCCGCACCCGCUGGGGCUUCCCGCAUUGCAUCGGAGCCCUGGACAGUCUGCACAUCCCCAUCAACCCCCCGCUGCGCCUGAGCGCCGAUUACUGCAACGGGCAGGGCUGGCACUCCAUCCUCACCCAGGCCACCGUGGAUGGGCUGGGCCAGUUCUGGGACGUCUCCACCGCUUUUCCCGGCAGCAUGGAGAACAGCGCGGUGCUGGAGAGCUCCAGCCUCUGGAUGCUGGCCAAGGAGGGCCGGCUGUGUCCCAACCCGCCCAAGGACUUCAUGGGCAAGGCACAGAAGUACGUGCUGCUGGGUGACGCCACCUACCCCUUGCAGGACUGGAUCCUCAAGCCCUACCAGGAGGAUGAGAGCCUCACCCAGCGCCAGCUGCAGUUCAAUUAUCGCCUCAAGCGGGCGCACAGCGUGAUCGAGAACGCCUUCCUGCGCCUGAAGGCCCGCUGGCAGAUCCUCCUCAAGUGUGAUGACUGCAGCCUGGAGCUGCUGCCCACCCUCGUCCUGGCCUGCUGCAUUCUGCACAACGUCUGCGAGGCGCACGACAACCCAUUCAACGAGGAGUGGCUGGAGGGCACCGAGCCCACCGAGCUGCCCAAGCCUUGCCAGCCUGCACCCGCUGCCAUGGAGGAUGGCCGGGCUGAGCAAGUGCGUGAACUGAUGUGCCAGUACUUUGAGAACUGUGGGGAGGGCUGAUGGCUGCAGGGGGAACGCACUGUGCUCCUCCUUGGGCUCUGUGGGUCGGUGCCAGCCCUUCGGUUCAUGUUGGUUUUUGCCUCUCGGUUGCAGGCAGAGGGAUGUAUCUCACACCUGGGCUCUCUCUGCUGGGAUCUGACCGAUGUAGUGAUGUGCUCUGUACUGUGUGAAUAAAGCAGGGUCAUGGUUUGGCCGGGGAGAGGGUUGUCAGGUCAUCCCAUUACAAGGGUAUGGCUGUAGCCCUGGUGUUGGCAGGACUCAGAAGGGCUGGAAGUGAGGAGGCAGAGCUCCAAAGCACAAAACCCAUUGCGCAAAUGCGUGCAGACAGGGAAGGGGAGGAGGAAGCAGAGCAGUGACUUGCUGUGGGCUAGCACCAGCUGGGAAUGGAACUGCACCUCCAAACCCAGCUCUGCAGGACUAAAAUUGUGUGCUGGGGGUCUGAGCCCUAUCCCACUAUGCUGCCGUGCAGGGAAGCACGCAGCUCUCUGCUAUCAGCUGAGAAAUCACAAAGUGGUGGCUGAGCCCUGUGGCACACUGCUUCACUGUGCCAAGGCAGGGCUGGGCACAGACACCUUCCUCAGCACUUUGUUCCAGGCGGUGGGCGGGGGAGCAGCUCAGGCAUGCCUGGCUGCGCCAGCCUUCCCACGGGGAUGGAUCCGGGCUCGGGGGGCAGUGGGGUGGCUGCCACGUCCCUGAGUUGGCUGCAGCCCCAAAUCUUUUCCCUCCUGGCACCCGCUAUGCUGAGAUCUGUUUGCCAGCUGUCAGCAUUGGAUGGGGUCUGUUUGCAGCCUGUCCCAUUUUCACACGUUGGUGCAUUUUGCAGCCAAAAUGUGAUGAUGCCUAGCCAGGAGGUGGGACCUUCAAGCUGGGAGCGUGGGAGAAGAGCUGCAAAGCUCCCUGCAAGGGGCUCAGCACCGCCAGCCUCGGGCCAUCUCACAC